AUCCCCUUCCUUCCUCUUUUCCCGUUUCUACAUCGCCACAAGCUGUGUGACGAUCCUCUCUCUCAUCCAUCCACAUCGGCGGCUCUUAGCCGGAACCCUAAUAAUUGCAGUACUAGCUGAUCUGUAGACGAAUCCGCUUAUUCAAAUCGUCCCAUAUUAGGGCUACUAUUGAACUCUGACGAGAGAGAUAUCAUAAGGGUUAUUGGAGAUGCCACCGAAACCAUCUAAAGCGGAGGUAGCUAAAAAGCAGAAGACCGUCGAAGACAAGACCUUUGGCCUCAAGAACAAGAACAAGUCUAAAAAUGUGCAGAAGUAUGUCAAAUCCAUCCAGCUAUCCGCCCAGCCCAAGCCUGACCCAUCGAAGCUCGAAGCUAAGAAAAAGAAGGAUGAAGAGAAGGCUCGAGAGAAGGAGUUAAAUGACUUGUUCAAAGUUGCUGUGAGCCAGCCCAAAGUCCCAGCUGGUGUUGAUCCGAAGUCCAUAUUGUGUGAGUUCUUUAAAGCAGGGCAAUGUGCUAAGGGAUUUAAGUGCAAGUUCUCUCAUGACCUGAAUAUUCAGAGGAAAGGCGAGAAGAUUGAUAUUUAUAGUGACAAGCGUGAUGAUGAAGAUACCAUGGAGGACUGGGAUCAAGAAACUUUGGAGAAGGUGGUGGAGUCCAAAAAGAAUGAAUAUAACCCGAAUAGACCAACUGAGAUUGUUUGUAAGCACUUUCUAGAUGCUGUGGAGAAGAAACAAUACGGAUGGUUUUGGGCUUGUCCUAAUGGCGGCAAAGAAUGCCACUACAGACAUGCUCUUCCUCCGGGAUAUAUUUUAAAGUCUCAGAUGAAGGCAUUGUUACAAGAGGAAUCUGAAAAGAUGCCUAUUGAAGAAGAGAUUGAUGCUCAGCGAUCGAAGCUAACUGCUUCAACUCCUCUCAAUACUGAGCUUUUCAUGCAAUGGAAGCAGAAAAAGUUGGAUGAAAGAGAAGCCGGUUUGGCUGCUCAAAGAGCAGAGAGGGCGAAGAAUGACAGAAUGAGUGGUCGCGAGCUCUUCCUGUCGGAUGCUAGCUUGUUUGUGGAUGAUGCUGAGGCCUAUGAAGGGUACCAUCGUGAUGAAGAACCAAAUGUCAAUGAACCGAAGGUUGAUGCAAAUUCAGCUAAGGAUAGACCAAGUAAUUCAACCUCCAUUGCUGGUAAUCAUAAAGCUCCUCCUCCUGCCAAAGAUGAGACCGACAAUGAUGAUAUUGACGAAGACGAUGAUGAUGAGCUGGAUAUGGACGAGUUAGAUGAACUGGAAGCGAGCCUAUCCAGAAAUGUCCACAUUAAUGAGGCUGGUCCUAGCACAUGAUGAUCAUCAGAUAAUUUAAAAACUGUGUCCGAUAAUUAGUUUUAUCAUUUUGCUUGCUGGAACAUUUGGACCUUUGUUGCUACUAGAGGUGAGAACUUUUAAUUUUGGUAGAUUCUGUAUUUCUAAUACAUUUUUUUUGUUGUUUGGUGGGGUGGGGGGAAUGUUAUGGAUAAUUGAUUCAUUCAUUCUCCAUGGAAAUGAACAAAUGACAGACAAGGAAGUAAGAUUGCCUUUUUUUGUUUGUUUGAAUAAUUUGCUUUGUGACAA